AGUGUGAAGCAUAAAGUGAACAUCUGAAAGUGUUUAUUGCGUUGUUUUCUUAAAUCUUCCAUCUUAUUCCCCUGUCAUCUGCUGACUCUUCUGUCUGGAUCGCUGGCAUUCAUUGAUCAAGCAUUCAAGGGAUUUGGCAGGGAAGACAUCAUUGGAGUGAUUUGUUACUUGCUGUUUAACCCUACUAUUUAUAAUCCUAGGGAAGCAAAGCAAGGAAAAUAGUAGCAGAAUGAGCAUUCCACAGGUGCCAAAGAAAAGAGUGGCAUUUGUGUUGAUUGAUGGGUUGGCUGAUGUGUCACUGCCAAGGCUUGGAUUGAAGACUCCUCUUGAGGCAGCAAAAGUACCCAAUUUGGAUGCCAUAGCAUCUGCUGGAGUUAAUGGACUAAUGGACCCUGUUGAGGUUGGCUUAGCUUGUGGAAGUGACACUGCUCAUCUUUCCUUGUUGGGUUAUGAUCCCAGGGUUUAUUAUCGCGGUCGAGGAGCAUUCGAAUCCAUGGGGGCAGGAUUGGCCAUGUCACCUGGUGAUAUUGCAUUUAAGUCAAACUUUGCUACUCUUGAUGAGAAAACUGGAAUAGUCACCAGUAGGAGAGCUGACAGGCACUUUGAAGAAGAAGGCCCCAUACUUUGUGCUGCCCUGGAUGGAUUGAAGCUUCCAUCUUUCCCUCACUAUGAAGUCAGAGUCAGGUAUGCAACAGAACAUAGAUGUGGAGUAGUUGUUAAAGGACCAAAUUUGAGUGGAAAUAUAUCAGGAACGGACCCAUUAAAGGACAACCGUUUACUUUUGAAAGCAGAAGCUUUAGAUGAUUCUCAUGAAGCAAGGAAUACUGCUGCUGUUGUUAAUGAAUUGUCCAAGGAAAUAACAAAAAUUCUGGUUUCUCAUCCCGUGAACGCAAAACGUGUUGCAGAAGGGAAGAACAUAGCAAAUGUAGUCCUUUUAAGAGGUUGUGGCAUUCGAAUUGAGGUUACACCAUUUUUAGAUAAACAUGGUCUGUGGCCAUGCAUGGUGGCUCCAACGAAAAUAAUUGCUGGCCUGGGCUUAUCACUCGGAAUUGAUAUUCUAGAUGCUCCUGGAGCAACUGGGGACUAUCGAACUUUACUAACAUCAAAAGCAUCGGCAAUAGCUAAGGCACUCUCGGCUCCUUUGCAGUCCUGCCCCAAAGUGUUUGUACCUGGAGAGGAUGACUUUAAAGCAGGUCGCUCUGAUGGCUAUGACUUUGGAUUUCUUCAUAUCAAGGCAAUAGAUGAUGCUGGCCACGACAAGGCGAGCAUGCUCAAGGUCAAAGCAUUAGAAGCUGUCGAUACUGCAGUGGGGCAGCUGGCAAGGCUUCUCUGGGAAGCAGAAUCAUCUGGAGAAUAUCAGUUUUACCUUUGUGUCACAGGAGAUCACUCUACUCCAGUAGAAUAUGGUGAUCAUAGUUUUGAAUCAGUUCCAUUCGCCAUAUGUCUACUGAAAGACUUUGUUGGUGCUAUUGGAGAAUCAACUGUUCUGAAAACUUCUCUUGACCCAUUUCCCAUUCCCACUGUCAAGUCUGGUGAAGACUUGCUUCAUGAUUUGGACACAAAUGAGGGAAGAGACAAAUGUUGUGAAGCUUACAGUGGUGAUUCAGUUUAUGAGCUAAAUGAAGUGGCAGCUGCAAGAGGGUGUCUGGGACGAUUUCCUGGAGGAGAAAUGAUGGGAAUUAUAAAGAAAUUCAUUAGCUUAGAUGAGAAAGCUGCUUAACCAUGAAGUUAUGAGUCUCAUGCUCCAUCACUGACAUCUAGUAACUUUUAUCUUAUGUAGAAUAAGAAGUUUUGUUUCAAAAACCAAUGUAAACUCAGCAUAAAUAAACUUUUCUUUGUUGUUUUUGUUCAUGCUGGAGACACAUGAACUCAAGAAACCUGAGCCUUGUUGAAUUGGAAGUAAGAAAUAGAGGUUUACCUGGAUGA